AUGUCUAGAAGACGUCUUUUUAUGGACACAUUAAUGAUGGAUCGCUUAAAAGAUUUUCGACUUGUAUCAGCUUUGAAUAAUUCUCUACUUGGAUUUCAAGAUGUUACAGAAUUUUCUAAUCAAUGUAAAUUAAAAAGUUUACAAAAUAUAUUAUGUCCAAAAAAAUAUUAUAUUACUUUAAAUCGUGACAAUGAUAACAAGGUAACUAUUCCAUAUGAGUUGGAACGAGCUUCAAUAAAUAUCAUUGACUAUUAUGAUUAUAAAGGUUUUAUCCUGUCAACAAGAAAAAUUUUCGAGAAAGAGUCUGAUCUUGCUAGAACAGAAAUUAGAUUGCUUUAUAAACCAUCAUCAUUAAUAAUAGAACAAAAUGAUCGUGAUAGUCAAGAGGUGCAACAAUUGGCGGGGCAGGAACAAUCGGUGAAGGAACAAGUGGAGCAGACGGAACAGCCGAUAGCCAAUGAAUUAAAUAACAAAUCUUCGGAAGAAAAUAAUGAAAGCAAUGAUCCAGAAACUUGGGAGAAUUAUAUUUUAACCACGUUAGAUAUUGCCAACAAAUUAAAAUCUUAG